AUGUCGUCACCGCACUACCCGCGCGCUAACGGGCACGCGGAGGCCUGCGUGAAGACAGCGAAGAAGCUGGUGCUGGCUGCGUCCUCAUCGGGCCGGCUCGACCAGGACCAACUGGACCGAAGUCUGCUCGAACUCCGUAACACGCCCCGAGCAGACGGACGGUCGCCGGCACAGGUGCUGUUUGGUCACCCGCUUCGCUCUGGUGUUCCCACGCACCACCGCGCCUUCGCUCCUGAGUGGCAGCGGGCGGCCGAUGUCUGCGAGGAAAAGGCUGCCGAGCUCCAGGAGCAGGCCGUCAGGUACUACAACAAGAGCACGCGCCGGCUGUCACCGCUCAAGAUCGGCAGCCGGGUCGACCUUCAAGACCCCGCCACCGGCCGAUGGAACCGGAUCGGAGUGAUCGUGGGCGUCGAAGAAGGUGGAGGAUGA